AUGAUCGCCGCCGCGUUCCUCGUCCUGCUGAGACCCUAUAGCAUCCAAUGUGCCCUCUUCCUCCUGCUGCUUCUGCUAGGCACCAUCGCCACCAUCGUCUUCUUCUGCUGCUGGCACCGCAGGCUCCAGAAAGGGAGGCAUCCCAUGAAAUCGGUCUUUUCGGGUCGUUCAAGGAGCCGAGAUGCUGUUCUGAGAUCUCACCACUUUCGUUCCGAGGGAUUCCGAUCCAGCCCCCGACACCUCCGCAGACGCGCCGCCGCCGCCGCCGCCGCCCGGCUGGAGGACGCCAAGCCCGCCGCGGAGGUCCCGGUGCAGAGCGAGCAGGACGGCGCGGCGAGGCGGCGGCGGCUCCGCAGGGGCGCGCGCGUCCCGCCCGAGUUCUACCAGAGCGUGCAGGGCGCCGCCGCCCGCAGACCGAGCUCCGGGAACGCGUCCUAUCGAUGCUCUAUGUCUUCCUCUGCGGAUUUUUCCGACGAAGAUGAUUUCAGCCAGAAAUCUGGCUCUGCAUCUCCAGCUCCUGGAGACACCUUACCCUGGAAUUUGCCUAAACAUGAGCGAUCGAAAAGAAAGAUCCACGGGGGCUCCGUGCUGGACCCUGCGGAGAGGGCAGUGCUUAGAAUCGCAGAUGAACGGGACAAAGUUCAAAAGAAAACAUUUACAAAAUGGAUAAAUCAGCAUCUCAUGAAGGUUCGAAAACAUGUGAACGAUCUCUAUGAAGACUUGAGGGACGGACACAAUUUGAUCUCUCUCUUAGAGGUUCUUUCGGGAGACACCUUGCCCAGAGAGAAGGGUCGGAUGCGUUUUCACAGACUCCAGAAUGUACAAAUUGCACUUGACUAUUUGAAAAGACGCCAGGUGAAAUUAGUGAAUAUUAGAAAUGAUGACAUAACAGAUGGAAAUCCCAAAUUGACUUUGGGAUUAAUAUGGACAAUAAUUUUGCACUUUCAGAUAUCUGAUAUCCAUGUUACUGGUGAGUCAGAAGACAUGUCAGCGAAAGAGAGACUGUUACUGUGGACGCAGCAGGCCACGGAGGGUUAUGCGGGGAUUCGGUGUGAAAAUUUCACCACCUGCUGGAGAGAUGGGAAAUUAUUUAAUGCCAUCAUUCAUAAAUACAGGCCGGACCUGAUAGACAUGAAUACUGUUGCUGUUCAAAGCAACCUUGCAAAUUUAGAGCACGCUUUCUAUGUAGCAGAAAAAAUCGGUGUUAUAAGACUUCUGGAUCCUGAAGAUGUUGACGUCUCCUCACCUGAUGAAAAGUCAGUAAUAACUUAUGUAUCGUCUCUCUAUGACGCAUUUCCCAAAGUCCCUGAAGGUGGCGAAGGCAUCGGGGCAAAUGAUGUUGAAGUCAAGUGGAUUGAAUACCAGAAUAUGGUCAACUACCUCGUCCAGUGGAUCAGACACCACGUGGCCACUAUGUCGGAGAGAACGUUUCCUAAUAAUCCUGUAGAACUCAAGGCACUUUACAAUCAGUAUUUACAGUUUAAAGAAACAGAAAUUCCACCAAAGGAGACAGAAAAAUCAAAAAUUAAACGCUUAUAUAAAUUAUUAGAGAUUUGGAUAGAGUUUGGACGCAUCAAACUCCUUCAAGGCUAUCACCCAAAUGACAUAGAAAAGGAGUGGGGAAAGCUCAUCAUCGCCAUGCUGGAGAGGGAGAAGGCUCUCCGCCCCGAAGUUGAAAGGUUGGAGAUGUUGCAGCAGAUUGCUAACCGAGUUCAGAGGGGCAGUGUCGUCUGUGAAGACAAACUGUUGCUUGCCCGAAAUGCUCUCCAGUCUGAUUCUAAAAGGUUGGAAUCCGGGCUGCAGUUUCAGAAUGAAGCAGAAAUUGCCGGAUAUAUCCUUGAAUGUGAGAACCUCCUACGCCAGCAUGUAAUUGACGUACAGAUUCUUAUUGAUGGGAAGUACUACCAGGCGGACCAGCUGGUGCAGAGGGUCGCAAAACUGCGCGAUGACAUCAUGGCCUUGCGGAACGAAUGUUCCUCAGUGUACAGCAAAGGUCGCGUGCUGACGACGGAGCAGACGAAGCUCAUGAUAUCAGGAAUCUCUCAGAGUUUAAGCUCAGGAUUUGCACAGACCUUAAACCCCAGCGUGCACUCAGGGCUGACGCAGGGUCUCACACCUUCCCUGACCCCGUCUAGCGUGACCUCGGGCCUGUCGUCAGGGCUGACUUCCCGCCUGACCCCGUCUGCCACCCCUGCCUAUACGCCUGGCUUCCCGUCAGGGUUAGUUCCAAAUCUCGGCUCAGGAGGGGAGACAGGCCCCCUGCAGACUCUGAAGCUGAUGCAGAUCCGAAAGCCCCUUCUCAGGUCGUCUCUGCUGGACCAGAAUUUAACGGAAGAGGAGAUCAACAUGAAAUUUGUUCAGGACCUUUUAAAUUGGGUGGAUGAGAUGCAGGUGCAACUGGACCGCACUGAGUGGGGAUCAGAUUUGCCAAGUGUUGAAAGCCAGUUAGAAAAUCAUAAAAAUGUCCACCGAGCUAUUGAAGAGUUUGAAUCUAGCCUUAAAGAAGCUAAGCUCAGUGAGAUCCAGAUGACAGCACCUCUUAAACUAACUUAUGCAGAAAAGUUACACAGAUUAGAGAAUCAGUAUGCAAAACUCUUGAAUACAUCCAGGAAUCAGGAGCGGCACCUGGACACACUCCACAAUUUUGUAACUCGUGCAACAAAUGAACUUAUUUGGUUGAAUGAAAAAGAAGAGGAGGAAGUUGCUUAUGACUGGAGUGAAAGAAACACCAACAUAACCAGGAAGAGAGAUUACCACGCGGAACUGAUGAGAGAACUUGAUCAAAAGGAAGAAACUAUUAAGUCCGUUCAAGAGAUAGCGGAGCAGCUGCUUCUGGAAAAUCACCCGGCCCGGUUAACCAUUGAGGCCUACCGCGCGGCCAUGCAGACGCAGUGGAGCUGGGUCCUACAGCUCUGCCAGUGUGUGGAGCAGCACGUGAAGCAGAACGGCGCUUAUUUUGAGUUUUUCAACGAUGCCAAAGAAGCCACAGAUUACUUGAGGAAUCUAAAAGAUGCCAUUCAGCGGAAGUACAGCUGUGACCGGUCCAGCAGCAUCCACAAACUGGAGGACCUCGUUCAGGAGUCAAUGGAAGAGAAAGAAGAACUUCUGCAGUAUAAAAGUACAGUGGCGAGUCUGAUGGGGAGGGCAAAAACCAUCGUUCAGCUGAAGCCCAGAAAUCCUGACUGUCCACUCAAAACUUCUCUUCCGAUCAAAGCCAUCUGUGACUACAGACAAAUUGAGAUAACCAUUUUCAAAGACGAUGAAUGCGUUUUGGCAAACAACUCUCAUCGCGCUAAGUGGAAGGUCAUCAGCCCCACUGGGAACGAGGCCAUGGUCCCUUCUGUGUGCUUCACCGUCCCUCCUCCAAACAAAGAGGCGGUUGACUUUGCAAACAGAAUUGAGCAGCAGUAUCAGAAUGUCCUGACCCUUUGGCACGAGUCUCACAUAAACAUGAAGAGUGUGGUCUCCUGGCACUACCUCAUCAAUGAAAUCGACAGAAUCCGAGCGAGCAACGUGGCUUCAAUAAAAACCAUGUUGCCUGGUGAACAUCAGCAAGUUCUGAGUAAUCUGCAAUCCCGUUUUGAAGAUUUUCUUGAAGAUAGCCAGGAAUCCCAAAUAUUUUCAGGCUCAGAUAUAACGCAACUGGAAAAGGAGGUUAAUGUGUGCAAGCAGUAUUAUCAAGAACUUCUUAAAUCUGCAGAAAGAGAGGAGCAAGAGGAAUCGGCUUACAACCUCUACAUCUCUGAAGUUCGAAACCUCAGGCUUCGGCUGGAGAGCUGCGAAGACCGUCUCAUCAGACAGAUCCGCACCCCGCUGGAGAGAGACGACCUGCAUGAGAGCGUGUUCAGGAUCUCGGAGCAGGAGAAACUAAAGAAAGAACUGGAGCGACUUAAAGAUGAUUUGGCCACGAUCACAAGUAAAUGUGAAGACUUUUUCAGUCAAGCAGCUGCCUCUGCCUCCACACCUGUCUUGCGGUCUGAGCUCAGCGUGGUCGUCCAGAGCAUGAACCACGUCUAUUCCAUGUCGUCCACCUACAUAGAGAAGUUGAAAACGGUCAACUUGGUGUUAAAAAACACUCAAGCUGCAGAAGCUCUUGUAAAACUCUAUGAAACUAAAUUGUGUGAAGAGGAAGCUGUUAUAGCUGACAAGAAUAACAUUGAGAAUCUAAUAAGUACUUUAAAGCAAUGGAGAUCUGAAGUGGAUGAAAAGAGAGAGGUCUUCCAUGAGCUGGAGGAUGAGCUGCAGAGAGCAAAGACCAUCAGUGAUGAGAUGUUUAAAACCUACAAAGAGCGUGACCUUGACUUUGACUGGCACAAAGAAAAAGCAGAUCAGUUGGUUGAGAGAUGGCAGAAUGUUCAUGUUCAGAUUGACAACAGGUUACGGGACUUGGAAGGCAUUGGCAAGUCACUGAAGUACUACAGAGAUACGUAUCACCCGUUGGAUGAUUGGAUCCAGCAAGUUGAAACUACUCAGAGGAAGAUUCAAGAAAAUCAGCCUGAAAAUAGUAAAACUCUGGCGACACAAUUGAAUCAACAGAAGAUGCUGGUGUCCGAAAUAGAAAUGAAACAGAGCAAAAUGGACGAGUGUCAGAAGUACGCAGAACAGUACUCCACAGCAGUGAAGGACUAUGAAUUACAAACGAUGACCUACCGGGCCAUGGUGGAUUCACAGCAAAAGUCUCCAGUGAAACGACGGAGACUGCAGAGCUCAGCAGAUCUCGUCAUUCAAGAGUUCAUGGACCUGAGGACCCGAUACACGGCUCUGGUCACCCUCAUGACACAAUAUAUUAAAUUUGCUGGGGACUCAUUGAAGAGACUGGAGGAGGAGGAGAAGUCACUGGAAGAAGAAAAGAAAGAGCAUGUUGAAAAAGCCAAAGAAUUACAAAAAUGGGUAUCAAAUAUCAGCAAGACAUUGAGAGAUGGAGAGAAGGCUGGAAAGUCUUCCUUUUCUAAGCAAAAGAUUUCCAGUGAGGAAAUUUCAAUCAAGAAGGAACAGUUAUCGGAAGCACUACAAGGCAUGCAGCUCUUUCUGGCUAAACAUGGAGACAAAAUGACAGAUGAAGAAAGAAAUGAAUUGGAAAAACAAGUGAAAACUCUCCAAGAAAGUUAUAAUUUAUUCUUUAGUGAAUCUCUGAAGCAACUGCAACAGUCACAAACCUUAGGAGACAUCAAGGUAGAGGAGAAGCUGGUGGCCGAGCGUCAGCAGGAGUACAAAGAGAAACUGCAGGGCAUCUGCGACCUCCUCACCCAAACCGAAAACCGCCUUAUCGGUCACCAGGAAGCCUUCAUGAUUGGAGAUGGCACGGCCGAGUUAAAGAAGUACCAGUCCAAGCAAGAGGAAUUACAGAAAGAUAUGCAAGGAAGUGCACAGGCACUGGCAGAAAUAGUGAAAAACACAGAGAAUUUCUUAAGAGAGAGUGGCGAAAAGCUGUCACGAGAAGAUAAGGCUGUGAUUGAACAGAAGCUGAAUGAAGCUAAAAUAAAGUGUGAACAGCUGACCAUAAAGGCAGAGCAGUCAAAGAAAGAGCUGGAUAAAGCUGUGACAACAGCAGUCAAAGAGGAAACAGAAAAGGUUGCUGCUGCGAAGCAGCUGGAAGAGAGCAAAACCAAAAUCGAAAACCUCUUGGACUGGUUGGCAAAUGUCGACAGAGACUCAGGGCGGGCAGCGGUGGAGCCGAAACAGGUUAUUGAGCAGAACGGGAUGCACUUUCAAGAGGGUGAUGGCAAGUCGAUGAUGGGAGAAGAGGAUGAAUUCAACGGAAACCUGUUGGACACGGAUGUUGACGGGCAUGUCGGGACUACCGAGGAGAACCUGAACCAGCAGUACCAGAGGAUGAAGGCGCAGCAUGCGGAGCUCGCGGCCCGGCACCAGGCGGUCCUUGCGGCCACGCAGGCGGCCCAGGCCUUGCUGGAGACCCAGGGCCACCACCUGUGCCCGGAGGAGAAGGAGAAGCUGCAGAGGAACGUGACGGAGCUGAAGACACACUUCGAAAGCGCACUGGCCGCGUCGGAGACGGCGGUGCGCCGGACUCGCUCCCUGCAGGAGGAGCUGCAGAAGUUCGACGCCGACUGCGGCGAGUUUGAGCAGUGGCUGCAGCAGGCGGAGCAGGACCUGCAGAACCUGGAGGCCGGCGCCGACGACCUUAGCGGGCUGACGGCCAAGCUGAAGCGGCAGAAGAGCUUCUCGGAAGACGUCAUUUCGCACAAAGGGGACCUGAGGUACAUCACCAUCUCUGGCAACAGAGUGCUGGAGGCAGCCAAGUCUUGCGGCGGGAGAGAGGGAGGCGGCCGGGCUGAUCGGGACCAGGUGGACACCUCUGCCGCCCACAGAGAAGUGCAGGGCCGGCUGGACCGCGCCACAGACCGCUUCAGGUCCCUCUACACAAAGUGCAAUGUCCUCGGGAACAACCUCAAAGACCUGGUGGAUAAAUACCAGCACUAUGAGGAUGCCUCGUGCGGGCUUCUCUCUGGGCUCCAGGCCUGCGAGGCCACAGCCAGCAGACACUUAUCCGAGCCUAUUGCCGUGGACCCCAAAAAUCUGCAGAGGCAGCUGGAAGAGAUGAAGGCUCUGCAGGGACAGAUAUCAAGUCAGCAGGUGGCUGUGGAGAAACUGAAGAAGACAGCUGAAGUGUUGUUAGACUCCAGGGGACCUUUACUUCCCGCCAAGAAUGACAUCCAGAAGACACUGGAUGACAUUGUCGGGAGGUAUGAUGACCUGUCCACGUCCGUGAGCGAGCGGAACGAGAGGCUGCAGAUGACACUGACCCGCUCGCUGAGCGUGCAGGACGGCCUGGACGAGAUGCUGCUCUGGAUGGCGGGCGUGGAGCGCUGCCUGCAGGAGCCGAGCCAGCUGCCCUUGAGUUCUAGCGCUCUGCAGGAUGCCAUCAGUAAAAGCAUCAUGCUGGAGCAGGACAUUGCAGGGCGACAGAGCAGCAUAAAUGCCAUGAAUGAGAAAGUAAACAGGUUCACGGAAACUGCCGACCCAUCCACCGCGUCCUCGCUACAGGCCCGGAUGAAGGACUUAGCCUUCCGCUUUUCAGAAGCAAGUCACAAACACAAAGAAAAACUUGCCCAAAUGGAGAAGCUCAAAACCAAAGUGGAGCGGUUUGAGAACCUCUCAGAAAAGCUCCAGACGUUCUUAGAAGCCAAAACCCAGGCUCUCACUGAGGCAGAUGUACCUGGGAAGGAUGUUACUGAGCUGUCUCAGUUUAUGCAGGAAUCAACAUCUGAAUUGCUAGAACGCAAGAAAGAUCUGGAAGUUUUGCAGAAUCUCUUGAAGGAGAUCUCUAGCCAUGGCUUACCAGGGGAUAAGGCUCUGGUUUUUGAAAAAACAAAUAAUUUGUCAAAGAAAUUCAAGGAAAUGGAGGACACUGUCAAAGAAAAGAAAGAAGCAGUAUCUUCUUGUCAAGAACAGAUGGAUGCCUUUCAAGUCCUGGUUAAAUCAUUAAAAUCAUGGAUAAAAGAAACCACAGAAAGAGUUCCCGUUGUGCAGCCUUCUUUUGGUGCAGAAGAUUUGCAGAAAUCUUUGGAAGAAACUAAGAAAUUACAAGAGAAGUGGAGCUUAAAAACACCAGAGAUUCAGAAAGUCAGCAGCAGUGGGAACUCACUAUGUAACUUGAUAAGUGCUGUGACAACCCCCGCGAAGGCCAUAGCAGCUGUUAAAUCAGGUGGAGUAAUAUUAAAUGGUGAAGGAACAGCCACAGAUACUCAGGACAUUUUGGCAAAUAAAGGCUUAGCAUCCAUUAAAAAGGAUAUGACUGACAUAAGCCAUGGCUAUGAAGACCUUGGCCUCUUGCUUAAGGACAAAAUAGGCGAGCUGAGCACCAAGCUCUCCAGACUGCAGAACGCUCAGGAGGAGUCCAGCGCCAUGAUGCAGUGGCUGCAGACCAUGGGCAGCACUGCCACAAAGUGGCACCAGGCGCCCACGCCUACGGACACCGAGGCUGUGAAAAGCCAGGUCGAACAGAACAAGUUGUUUGAGGCAGAACUGAAGCAAAAUGUGAACAAAGUACAGGAGUUGAAAGACAAGCUGACGGAGCUGCUGGAGGAGAACCCAGACGCUCCGGAGGCCCCCAGGUGGAAGCAGAUGUUGACGGAUAUAGAUUCUAAGUGGCAAGAACUCAAUCAGUUGACAGUUGAUAGACAACAAAAGCUGGAAGAAUCCUCUAAUAAUCUAACGCAGUUCCAGACUGUGGAGGCUCAGUUAAAACAGUGGCUUGUGGAAAAAGAACUGAUGAUCAGUGUCCUUGGGCCCUUGUCAAUUGACCCGAAUAUGCUGAACACGCAGAGGCAGCAGGUGCAGAUUCUCCUGCAGGAGUUCGAUACCAGGAAGCCGCAGUACGAGCAGCUGACCGCGGCCGGCCGGGGCAUCCUGCACAGACCCGGGGAGCACCCGUCCUCCCACGGGAUAGUGAAGGAGCAGCUGGCGGCCGUGACCCAGAAAUGGGACAGCCUCACGGGCCAGCUGAGGGACAGGUGUGACCGUAUCGACCAGGCCGUUGGGAAGAGCACGCAGUAUCAGAGCCUGCUGAGAAGCCUAUCCGAGAAGCUGGCCGGCCUGGACGAUCAGCUCAGCAGCAGCGUGGCCGGUGGCGCACACCCCGAUGCCAUGAGCCAGCAGCUGGAAACGGCCCAGAAGCUGCAGCGGGCGGUGGAGCAGGAGGGGACGCGGAUCAGAGCGGCGCAGGCCCUGUGCGAGGACCUGGCGGCCCUGGUCCGAGAAGAGUACCUGAGAGCCGAGCUCAGUCGGCAGCUGGACGGCGUCUUAAAGUCGUUUAAGGAUCUGGAGCAAAAAGCAGAGGCCCAUGUCGAGCACCUUCAGUCAGCCUGUGCCAGCUCUCACCAAUUUCAGCAAAUGUCUAGAGAUUUCCAGGCUUGGCUGGAUACCAAGAAGGAAGAACAAAACAAGUCUCCCCCAAUAUCCGCCAAAGUCGAGGUCUUGGAGUCAUUAGCGAAAGAUCAGAAAGAUUUCAGGAAAACGCUGACCGCCCAGUCUCACCUUUAUGAGAAAACCAUUGCAGAAGGUGAAAACCUGUUACUGAAAACCCAAGGGUCUGAGAAGGUAGCCUUGCAGUUACAACUGAACACUCUUAAAACCAACUGGGAUGGAUUGCAGAAGCAGGUGAAGGACAGAGAAGACAGGGUGAAGGACACGCUGGAGAAAGCCCUCAAGUAUAAAGAGCAUGUGGACACGCUCAGGCCGUGGAUAGACAGAUGUCAAGGCAGCCUGGAGGAAAUCAAGUGCAGCUUGGAUCCUGCUGAGACGGAGAAUGCCCUUGCCCAGCUGAAGGCCCUGCAGAAGGAGAUGGACCAGCAUUUCGGGCUGGUGGAGCAGCUGAGCGGUGCCGCCGGCAGCCUGCUCGGUGUCUGUGAGGCAGACCAAGAGGUAGUGGCAGAGGAGAGGGAGCGCCUGCUCCAGAAGGUGGACACGGUCACUGAGCAGGUACACAGGAAGAAAUUCUCCCUCGAGAACAUGGCCCAGAAGUUUAAAGAGUUCCAGGAAAUUUCCAAAGAAGCUCAGCGGCAGCUUCAGAGUGCAAAGGACCAGCUCGCGGUGCACGACUCCCUGGGGCCCCAGGCUCACAGCAACAAGUCCCUGACCGUGUUGCAGACCCAGCAGAAAGCCCUCCAGACCUUGAAGUCACAGGUGGAGCUGGCCCAGGGGCUGGCCCGGGACCUCGUGGCGGAGGCCUCCGACUCCAAGGGCACCUCCGAGGUGCUGCUCCAAGCGGAGACCUUAGCGCAGGAGCAUGGCGCCCUCAGCCAGCAGGUGGACGACAAGUGCUCUUUCUUAGAAACCAAGCUUCAGGGCAUUGGCCAUUUCCAGAACACCAUCCGAGAGAUGUUUUCUCAGUUCGCGGAGUUUGAUGAUGAGCUGGACGGCAUGGCCCCAGUGGGGAGAGACGCGGAGACACUGCAGAAGCAGAAGGAGGCCAUCAGAGCCUUCCUGGAGAAGCUGGAAGCACUCAUCGCAAACAACGCCAACGCCAAUAAGACCUGCAAGAUGAUGCUGGCCACGGAGGAAGCCUCUCCUGACCUCGUCGGCAUCAAGCGGGACCUGGAGGCUUUAAGCAAACAGUGCAACAAGCUCUGGGACCGCGCAGAAGCCAGGAAAGAGCAGGUCGAAGGGACCAUUGUGCGUCUGGAGGAAUUCUACAGCAAACUCCAGGAGUUUUCUACUCUGCUCCAGAAGGCUGAGGAGCUUGAGGAGUCUCAGGGCCCCGUCGGCAUGGAAACGGAGACAAUUAAUCAACAACUCGAUGUGUUCAAGGUGUUCCAAAAGGAAGAGAUCGAACCCCUGCAGGUCAAGCAUCAGGAUGUGAACUGGCUGGGGCAGGGCCUCAUCCAGAGUGCCGCCAAGGGCGCCAGCACUGAGACCCUGGAGCACGACUUGGACGACGCCAGCGCGCGCUGGAAGACCCUCAACAAGAAGGUGGCCCAGCGGGCAGCCCAGCUGCAGGAGGCCCUGCUGCACUGCGGGCGCUUCCAGGACGCCCUGGAGUCGCUGCUCAGCUGGAUGGGGGACACCGAGGAGCUCGUGGCCAAUCAGAAAGCCCCGUCCGCCGAGUUCAAGGUGGUGAAGGCGCAGAUACAGGAGCAGAAGCUUCUCCAAAGAUUGCUGGAUGACCGCAAAUCUACCGUGGAGGUGAUCAAACGGGAAGGAGAAAAAAUCGCCGCCACAGCUGAACCUCCGGAUAAAGUGAAGAUUUUGAAACAGCUGAGUCUGCUGGAUAGCCGAUGGGAGGCGCUACUUAGUAAGGCCGAGACGAGGAACCGUCAGCUGGAAGGUAUCUCCGUGGUAGCACAGCAGUUUCACGAAACCUUAGAGCCGCUGAACGAGUGGCUGUCGACCACAGAGAAGAGGCUGGCGAACUGCGAGCCCGUUGGAACCCAAGCGCCCAAGCUGGAGGAGCAGAUUGAGCAACACAAAGCCUUAGAAGAUGACAUCCUGCAUCACAAUAAGCAUUUACACCAGGCCGUUAGCAUUGGCCAGUCUUUAAAGGUUUUGAGCUCCAGGGAGGAUAAAGAUAUGGUGCAGAGUAAACUAGACUCCUCCCAAGUGUGGUACAUUGAGAUUCAAGAGAAAAGCCACAGUAGGUCUCAGCUCCUGCAGCAGGCUCUGUGUAAUGCUAAGAUUUUUGGGGAAGAUGAAGUGGAGCUGAUGAACUGGCUGAGUGAAGCGCAUGACAAGCUGAGGCGGCUCUCGGUCCAGGACUCCAGCCCCGAGCGGCUGUGGACACAGCAGGCUGAGUUGCGGGUUCUGCAGGAAGACAUCCAGCUUAGGAAACAGAACGUAGACCAGGCGUUGCUGAACGGCCUGGAGCUACUUAAACGAACGACAGGUGACGAAGUUUUAAUCAUUCAAGAUAAACUGGAAGCCAUUAAAGUGAGAUACCAGGACAUCACUAAGCUGAGCACGGAUGUUGCGAAGACCCUGGAGCAGGCGCUGCAGCUUGCGCAGCGGCUGCAGGCCACCCACGAGGCGCUGUGCGCCUGGCUGGACAAGGUGGAAGUGGAGCUGCUCUCGUACGAAACGCAGGUUCUGAAGGGAGAGGCCGCCAGCCAAGCCCACGCGAGGCAAAAAGAGCUGCAGAAGGAAGCUAAGAGCCACAAAGCCCUGGUGGACUCGCUGAACGAGGUGAGCACCGCGCUCCUGGAGCUGGUGCCCUGGAGGGCGAGGGAAGGGCUGGAGCGGACAGUGGCGGAGGACAACGACCGCUUCCGCCUGGUGAGCGACGCCGUGGCACAGCGGGUUGAGGCCAUCGACGCGGCGCUCCUGCGGGCCCAGCAGUUUGACCAAGCGGCCGAUGCUGAGUUAGCCUGGAUUAAUGAAACAGAGAAGAAAUUGACGUCUCUGGGUGACAUCAGGCUUGAGCAAGACCAGACCUCCGCUCAGCUGCAGGUUCAAAAGACAUUCACCAUGGAGAUUUUGCGACACAAGGACAUUAUUGAUGAGCUUGUUAAAUCUGGACAUAAAAUCAUGAGCACGUGCAGCGAAGAGGAAAAGCAGCCUAUGAAGAGAAAACUGGACACGGUGCUGAAGAACUACGACGCCAUCUGCCAGGUGAACUCAGAGAGGUACCUGCAGCUGGAGCGGGCGCAGUCCCUGGUGAGCCAGUUCUGGGAGACGUAUGAGGAGCUGUGGCCGUGGCUGACGGACACGCAGAGAGUCAUCGCUCAGCUGCCCGCCCCCGCCCUGGAGUACGAGAGCCUGAGGCAGCAGCAGGAGGAGCACCGGCAACUGCGAGAGUUGAUAGCUGAACACAAGCCUCAUAUAGAUAAGAUGAACAAAACUGGGCCGCAGUUGCUGGAACUGAGCCCGAGCGAAGGCUUUUCCAUCCAAGAGAAGUACGUGGCUGCAGACACACUCUACAGUCAAAUUAAAGAAGAUGUCAGAAAGCGAGCCGUGGCCCUGGAUGAAGCCAUUUCUCAGUCAACUCAGUUCCACGACAAGAUCGACCAGAUCCUGGAGAGCCUGGAGCGCGUGGUGGAGCGGCUGCGGCAGCCGCCGUCCAUCUCGGCGGAGGUGGAGAAGAUCAGGGAGCAGGUCAGCGAGAACAAGAACGUGGCGGUGGACAUGGAGAAGCUGCAGCCUCUGUACGAGACCCUCAGACAGCGGGGCGAGGAGAUGAUCGCGCGGUCCCAGGGCACGGACAAAGACAUAUCUGCCAAAGCUGUUCAGGAUAAGCUCGACCAGAUGGUGUUCAUCUGGGAGAACAUCCACGUGCUGGUGGAGGAGCGGGAGGCCAAGCUGCUGGAUGUGAUGGAGCUGGCGGAGAAGUUCUGGUGUGACCACCUAUCCCUGGUGGUCACCACGAAAGACACGCAGGACUUUAUCCGCGACCUGGAGGACCCCGGCAUCGACCCCUCCGUGGUGAAGCAGCAACAGGAGGCAGCCGAGGUCAUAAGGGAGGAGAUAGACGGAUUGCAGGAAGAGCUGGACAUGGUUAUUAACCUCGGUUCUGAACUCAUUGCUGCGUGUGGGGAGCCUGACAAGCCCAUUGUCAAAAAAAGUAUAGACGAGCUGAAUUCAGCAUGGGAUUCUCUCAAUAAAGCUUGGAAAGACCGGGUGGAUAGACUUGAGGAGGCGAUGCAGACUGCUGUUCAGUACCAGGAUGGACUGCAGGCAUUAUUUGACUGGGUAGAUAUUGCAGGUGGCAAAUUGGCUUCCAUGUCUCCAAUUGGAACAGAUCUUGAAACCGUCAAGCAGCAGAUUGAGGAGCUAAAGCAAUUUAAGUCAGAGGCGUAUCAGCAGCAGAUAGAAAUGGAGAGGCUGAACCAUCAGGCGGAGCUUCUGCUGAAGAAAGUAACAGAAGACAGUGACAAGCACUCCGUCCAGGACCCGCUGAUGGAGCUGAAGCUGAUAUGGGACAGUCUGGAGGAGAGAAUCAUCAACAGGCAGCACAAGCUGGAGGGCGCCCUUCUCGCCCUGGGGCAGUUCCAGCACGCGCUGGACGAGCUGCUGGCCUGGCUGACCCACACCGAGGGCUUGCUCAGCGAGCAGAAGCCUGUUGGAGCAGACCCCAAGGCCAUCGAGAUCGAGCUCGCCAAGCAUCACGUGCUCCAAAAUGAUGUAUUAGCCCAUCAAUCCACUGUGGAAGCUGUGAAUAAAGCAGGAAAUGAUCUAAUUGAAUCAAGUGCAGGAGAAGAAGCGAGCAGCCUUCAGAACAAGCUGGAGGUUUUGAAUCAACGCUGGCAAAACGUUUUGGAAAAAACAGAACAAAGGAAGCAGCAGCUGGAUGCUGCCUUGCGCCAGGCCAAAGGGUUCCACGGUGAAAUUGAGGAUCUGCAGCAGUGGUUGACCGACACAGAGCGGCAUCUGUUGGCAUCCAAGCCUCUGGGAGGUUUACCAGAAACAGCCAGGGAGCAGCUCAAUGCCCACUUGGAAAUCUGUGCUGCCUUUGAUGUUAAAGAAGAAACAUAUAAGACUCUGAUGCAGAAAGGCCAGCAGAUGCUUGCAAGAUGCCCCAAAUCAGCAGAGACAAAUAUUGACCAAGACAUAAAUAACUUGAAAGAAAAGUGGGAAUCAGUGGAAACGAAGCUCAAUGAAAGGAAAGUAAAACUGGAAGAGGCUCUCACCGUGGCCGUGGAGUUCCACAACUCCCUCCAGGACUUCAUCAACUGGCUCACCCAGGCGGAGCAGACCCUCAACGUGGCCUCUCGGCCCAGCCUGAUCUUGGACACCGUCUUGUUUCAGAUCGAUGAACACAAGGUCUUUGCCAAUGAAGUCAAUUCUCACCGAGAGCAGAUCAUAGAGCUGGACAAAACUGGAACCCACCUGAAGUAUUUCAGCCAGAAGCAAGAUGUCGUUCUCAUUAAGAAUCUUCUUAUCAGUGUACAGAGUCGCUGGGAGAAAGUGGUUCAGCGCUUAGUGGAGAGAGGAAGAUCUUUGGAUGAAGCAAGGAAGAGGGCCAAGCAGUUCCAUGAUGCUUGGAGUAAGCUUAUGGAGUGGCUGGAAGAGUCAGAAAAGUCUUUGGAUUCUGAACUGGAAAUUGCCAACGACCCAGACAAAAUCAAAACGCAACUGGCACAGCAUAAGGAGUUUCAGAAAUCCCUCGGAGCCAAGCAUUCUGUCUACGACACCACCAGUAGGACUGGGCGUUCCCUGAAGGAGAAGACCACCCUGGCUGAUGACAACCUGAAGCUGGACGACAUGCUGAGUGAGCUCCGGGACAAGUGGGACACCAUCUGCGGGAAGUCGGUGGAGAGACAAAACAAAUUGGAGGAAGCCCUCUUAUUCUCUGGGCAGUUCACAGACGCCCUGCAGGCCCUCAUUGACUGGCUCUACAGGGUUGAGCCCCAGCUGGCCGAGGACCAGCCUGUCCAUGGAGACAUCGAUCUGGUGAUGAAUCUGAUCGAUAAUCACAAGGUCUUCCAGAAGGAGCUGGGGAAGAGGACCAGCAGCGUGCAGGCGCUGAAGCGCUCGGCCCGGGAGCUCAUAGAGGGCAGCCAGGACGACUCCUCCUGGGUCAGGGUCCAGGUGCAGGAGCUGAGUACACGCUGGGAGACCGUAUGCGCCCUGUCCAUCUCCAAGCAGAGCCGCCUCGAGGCUGCCUUGCGCCAGGCAGAGGAAUUUCACUCUGUGGUCCACGCUCUCCUGGAGUGGUUGGCGGAAGCCGAGCAGACGCUGCGUUUCCAUGGUGUUCUCCCAGAUGAUGAGGACGCUCUCCGGACUCUCAUUGACCAGCAUAAAGAGUUCAUGAAGAGACUGGAGGAGAAGCGCGCCGCCCUCAACAAGGCCACCAGCAUGGGGGACGCCAUCCUGGCCAUCUGCCACCCCGACUCCAUCACCACCAUCAAGCACUGGAUAACCAUCAUCCGGGCCAGAUUCGAGGAGGUGCUGGCCUGGGCGAAGCAGCACCAGCAGAGAUUGGCCGGCGCCCUGGCCGGGCUCAUCGCAAAGCAGGAGCUGCUGGAAGCCCUGCUGGCCUGGCUGCAGUGGGCCGAAACCACACUGAGCGACAGGGACAAGGAGGUCAUCCCCCAGGAGAUCGAAGAGGUGAAAGCCCUCAUCGCGGAGCACCAGACCUUCAUGGAGGAGAUGACCAGGAAGCAGCCCGACGUGGACAGAGUCACCAAGACCUACAAGCGGAGGGCGGCAGACCUCUCCUCCUUGCAGUCCCACAUCCCAGUCCUGGACAAGGGGCGCGCAGGACGUAAACGCCUCCCAGCCCCAAGCUUCUAUCCCUCUGGAUCACAGACGCAAAUUGAAACCAAAAAUCCCAGGGUCAACUUACUGGUGAGCAAGUGGCAGCAAGUCUGGCUUCUUGCCUUAGAAAGGAGGAGGAAGCUUAACGACGCCUUGGACAGGCUGGAGGAGCUUAGAGAAUUUGCCAACUUUGACUUUGAUGUCUGGCGCAAAAAGUACAUGCGCUGGAUGAACCACAAGAAAUCUCGAGUGAUGGACUUUUUCAGGCGGAUCGAUAAAGAUCAGGAUGGGAAAAUAACCCGACAAGAGUUUAUUGACGGAAUCCUUUCCUCAAAGUUCCCUACCAGCCGCCUGGAGAUGAGUGCGGUUGCAGACAUCUUCGACAGAGAUGGAGACGGGUACAUCGACUACUAUGAAUUUGUGGCUGCCCUUCACCCAAAUAAGGAUGCAUACAAACCCGUCACUGAUGCUGACAAAAUCGAAGAUGAGGUGACAAGGCAGGUAGCUAAGUGCAAAUGUGCGAAACGAUUCCAGGUUGAGCAGAUUGGAGACAACAAAUACAGGUUCUUCCUGGGAAAUCAGUUUGGAGACUCGCAGCAGCUCCGGCUCGUCCGCAUCCUGCGUAGCACCGUGAUGGUUCGCGUUGGAGGUGGAUGGAUGGCACUCGACGAGUUCCUGGUGAAGAACGACCCUUGCCGGGCUAAAGGAAGGACGAACAUGGAAUUGCGGGAGAAGUUCAUCCUGGCAGAUGGAGCCACUCAGGGCAUGGCUGCCUUCCGGCCGCGGGGCCGGAGGUCCAGACCCUCGUCCCGGGCUGCCUCACCCAACCGGUCCACGUCCGUGUCCAGCCAGGCCGGCCAGGCCGCCUCCCCGCAAGUCCCCGCCAGCAGCACACCCAAGAUUCUCCAUCCUUUAACACGCAAUUACGGUAAACCCUGGUUGACAAACAGCAAGGUGUCAACUCCCUGUAAACCAGCUGAGUGCCCUGACUUUCCCGUGUCAUCUCCAGAGGGGACGCCGAUACAGGGAAGCAAACUCCGACUUCCGGGGUACUUGUCAGGGAAAGGCUUCCACUCCGGGGAGGACAGCGGCUUAAUCACCACCGCAGCUGCCAGAGUGCGGACCCAGUUUGCCGAUCCCAGGAGGACCCCGAGCCGACCCGGGAGCCGAGCCGGCAGCAAAGCCGGCAGCCGGGCCAGCAGCCGCCGCGGCAGUGACGCCUCGGACUUCGACAUCUCGGAGAUCCAGUCCGCGUGCUCCGACGUGGAGAUUGUCCCCCCGACACACAGGCCUACGCCCCGAGCAGGUUCUCGGCCGCCUGGAGCCAAGCCUUCCAAAAUCCCCACGCCCCAGAGGAAAUCACCUGCCAGCAAAUUGGACAAGUCCUCCAAGAGAUAG